UCUCUGCCCUCACGCAGCUCAGCAAAUCCCCAAAAACCCCGCCGAGACGACGCCUAAAACCCUAGUAACUUCCCCAACCUCCCAUCUCUCGUCGCCGCAGCUCGUCCGAUCGUCCCCGGCCGGCCCCCCAUGUCGCCGAGCUUCGUGUUCGAACCCCCCAGCGACGAAGAUCGUCCGGAGGACCCGGAGGAGGAGGAGGACGAGGACGAGGGGCAGGAGCAGGAGGAGGAGGGCGGCGGAGGUGGAGGUGAGAAGAGGCAGUCCCCCUGGGACUUCGCCGCCUACUCGGAGUCCGUCGCCGAGGAGCACGCCCGUCACAGCACCACCUCCGUCGACCACAAGAUCGCCAAGGUCCUCGCCAAUCGCUCCCUCCCGGCCCUCCCCGACGACCUCAGCUCCGAUUCCGAACCUGACAUCCAGGAAGAUUACAGGCCGGACGAUGACGGCGACGGCGGCAGCAAUGCUGUCGAAACCAAGCCCUUCUUCGACAAGGCUGAAGGAACCUCCUUUCACGCCAAUUCCUUCAUGGAGCUCAAUCUCUCUCGCCCCCUUCUCAGGGCUUGCGAGGCUUUAGGGUACACCAAGCCCACUCCUAUUCAGGCCGCGUGCAUUCCCUUAGCACUGACUGGCCGUGAUAUUUGUGCGAGCGCCAUCACUGGUUCUGGGAAGACGGCUGCAUUCGCUUUGCCUGCUUUGGAGAGGUUGCUGUUCCGACCCAAGAGAGUGAAAGCCGUAAGGGUUCUUAUACUUACUCCUACCAGGGAGUUGGCAGUUCAGGUUCAUAGCAUGAUAGAAAAAAUUGCUCAAUUUACCGAUAUCAGAUGUUGCCUUAUUGUUGGUGGGCUAUCUACAAAGGUUCAAGAAGUGGCCUUGAGAUCAAUGCCAGAUAUUGUUGUAGCAACUCCAGGGCGCAUGAUAGAUCACUUGCGCAAUUCUAUGUCAGUGGACUUUGAAGAUCUUGCAGUUCUUAUUCUUGAUGAGGCAGAUCGUCUGCUGGAGCUUGGCUUUAGUGCUGAAAUUCAUGAGCUGGUCCGUCUAUGUCCUAAAAGGAGGCAGACUAUGUUAUUUUCAGCUACAAUGACUGAAGAAGUGGAUGAGCUUAUCCAGCUUUCUCUGGUCAAACCUUUGCGCCUUUCAGCUGACCCAUCAGCAAAACGUCCUGCCACAUUAACUGAGGAGGUGGUCAGAAUACGCCGGAUGCGUGAGUCGAAUCAGGACGCGGUUCUGCUGGCCUUGUGUUCGAAAACUUUCACCUCCAAAGUUAUAAUCUUCAGUGGAACAAAGGACGCUGCACAUAGGUUGAAGAUCAUAUUUGGUUUAGCUGGUUAUAAAGCUGCGGAACUUCAUGGAAAUCUGACUCAAGUGCAACGCCUUGAUGCAUUAGAGCUAUUCAGGAGGCAAGAAGUUGAUUUUCUGAUUGCAACGGAUGUAGCUGCCCGUGGACUUGAUAUAAUUGGUGUCCAGACGGUUAUAAACUAUGCUUGUCCCCGUGAUCUUACCAGUUAUGUUCAUCGGGUCGGUCGAACAGCCAGAGCGGGUAGGGAAGGAUGUGCUGUCACUUUUGUUACUGACAAUGACCGGUCCUUACUGAAAGCAAUUGCUAAGAGAGCUGGCUCCAAGCUGAAGAGCCGAAUAGUUGCAGAGCAAUCAAUAAUUAAAUGGUCUAAGCUCAUUGAGGGGAUGGAACGUCAGGUAGCUGCCAUUUUAAGAGAAGAGAGGGAAGAAAGGGCCUUGAGAAAAGCUGAAAUGGUGGCCACCAAGGCGGAGAAUUUGAUUGCUCAUAAAGAUGAUAUAUUCUCACGUCCUAAAAGAACAUGGUUUGUGACGGAAAAGGAGAAGAAACUUGCAGCAAAGGCAGCUAAGGCCUCUUCGGAGAAAGGAAAGAGUUCUGCAGAUGCGGUAAUCAGUGCCCAACAAGCUGAAGACCUUAAAAUGAAAGAGAAAAGAAAGCGAGAACGCGAGAAAAAUCUACCUCGUAAAAAGCGUCGAAGAUUGGAGGCAGCUAGAGAGAUGUUGGAGGAUGAGAAUCAGACUGACAAGGUGGAGGGUGAUGGAAGUGGUAAAAAGGAGAAAUCUGGAUUAUCGCUUGUCGAAGUGGCAUACCGUCGGGCAAAAGCAGCAAAGUCAGUGAAGAAGGCUCUGGAUGCUGGUAAGAUUGUCAGAGAACCCAGCAAAAAGGCAAAACGAAUUUCUGAAAGAACUCCAUCAAGAGCAGAAGAGAUGAAGGAACUUUUUCAGAGUGAUAUGAGUGAGCGAAAAGUCAAAAAGAGAGGUGCUGUAGCUGGAAAGAAGAAGUCCAAAUUUAAAAGCAAGUCAAGGUACAAGCGGAGGUAGCAGAGGAACCCAGCACCCUGAAUGUUAUAAGAUAGCAUUCUUUGUACCUUUGAAGAGCACAUUUGUGGUGGUAGCCCCUACGUGCUGCUUCUGGAAAGGAUACCUGGGCAAUGACCAAAGAUGUGUGAAGCAUGAGCUAAGUCUUUUAACAUCUUUAGAGCGCAUGGAAAUCAUCACGGGCUACUAUAGAGUGAAUAGUUGAACUUGAUGGUUCGCGGCAGUCCGGUAUUUUAUCCAGCACUUUGCUUGGUUGGAUUUUCUUUUUCCCCUGAAAAGAGCUGAGCUGACUUCAUUAUAUUUGUGGAGGAUGGCGUCAAGGCAGAGAAGAGUAUUUACUUAGGUCAGGCAUUGGGAUGGCCAAUUCACAUGUGCUAUACAACCGGAUUUUUGCACCUUUCUUUUAAUUGUAAACUGGUUUGGUUUUCUCCUUAUUUAUAAUAAAAUACAAGUGUAUUCUUGCCUUCUAUUGUUUUGACUGGUAAUUUAUGUUGCACAGCA